CCCAGGAAAUACUUUGGAAUCUCGCUUUCUGAACACACAGCACCGCGGCGGUCACUCAAACUCUAGCCUAUAUCGUUUGCCUGCCUUGUUUUUAUAGGUUGUAUAAGGCAGUCCGUUUAUUUAUCUUACAUGUUUGUACUUAUUCGAUACGUAUCUCAAACAACAAGCCGUUGCCAUAGGUUACGUGUUAUGCAAUGAAAGUGACGGUGACAGAGCGACUUGUCUUAGCUUAAAAAGGCUAGCUAGCGCGGCUAGCCAAGUUAAACAAGCAGGACAGUGUCGGUGCCUAGCGGUACAUUACCGAACAAGUCGUCCCGAAGGGCUGCUCACCUAAAUAUCUCUACGUAUCCAGCUCAUUUCUUGAGUUACCUUUAUUCGUUUUACAACUUUUCCUGUUUUUUUCCAAUGGCUUUGGUAACGGCGACGAGAAGACUGGUUCACGUAACAUUACGAGAAAGUUCGCGGAGGGCGGCUGUCAUAUCAGCUGCCUCGCUUCCAACUCAGAGUCGAGCGACGUGCCUUCAAAGGGGGUUCACCACCAGCACACAGCCUCUCAGGUCAGACAACAAGGUGACAGUCCACUUUAUCAACAGAGAUGGGGAGAAGAUCACAGUGAAGGGGUCACCUGGAGACUCACUGUUAGACGUCGUCAUUGACCAAGACCUAGACUUUGAUGGCUUUGGAGCGUGUGAGGGAACCCUGGCGUGCUCCACGUGCCAUCUGAUCUUUGAGGAGGAAGUCUACAAGCAGCUGGGGCCAGUCACAGACGAGGAGAUGGACAUGCUAGAUCUAGCCUACGGCCUCACCGACACGUCUCGUCUGGGUUGCCAGAUCUGCCUCACAAAGUCUCUGGAGGGCAUGGUGGCCCGGGUGCCGGAGAGCGUAUCGGAUAUCCGACAGAGUGGGGAUGGCUCCUCCUAACCAGGCAGCCAGGAUGAGGACGUAGACGGUCAGAGCUGAGGGUACAAAACACACGCACAGGACCCACAGGAAGUGUAAAGCUGUCAAUGCUGCCAAUUCAGAUCGGCCUCCAGGGAUCGUUUUCUCCUCACUUUUUGUUUUCCAAGCAAGUAGAGCCAUCUCUAUGACCUGAGAGAAUACAGGACUGCUCUCCCUAUUCACUCCAAUUAAAAAUCACUGGGCAGAUCGAUCGAGCACAGUUAGAGCUGCGCAUGGUAAGAUGUUUUUAAUGGAAAGAGCCAUGUCUUGACAGUCUGUCUGCCCAAAUGAAAUUGUGAUGGCCAUUUCUCCGCUCACAGGACAUGACGAUUCAAAAAGCUAAAAGUGAAAUCCAGAUUGUCUGAAAUUUAAGAGUUCUGUUCAUUUUAAAUUCCCAUAACAAGCUGAGAUUUUAAGCUGUCGACCACUCGUGUUUUCAGUAAGUAUGAAAUGAUUUGUAAAGGGCAUUUUAAUCCCUGCCUGUUGAUCCGUCCUUGAAUGGGGGCAGCGUCCUGUAUUAUGUAUUGUUUUGGUCAUCAUUUGGAGGAUUCAGACGCCAGUCAGUCAGCAUUUCUACAGUUGAGCUGAAAGAGCACACAUGUUCAGAUUCACACCAACACAUUGUCAGCGACAGCUUGGUCAGAAACACACCAUCUCAUUUCAUGUCGUCUUACUUGUUAAGCAUUUGUAGGCGUAUGAAGCAGGGAGAGGAGCAUUUGAAACGUCACACAGCCACCCUGCAAACGUUUUCAGCGAUGCUCUGUUCCUCACCUGGUGUCUGUCAUCUCAGCAGGUGACUUAAUAUCCCUGAGUCAGGCCUCACUUUUCUGUUUUUGACACUUUUCCCUCUGAGGGAAUGUAUGAUUUUGUGUUGCUUUUUUAUUUUUCACAUGCUCAGUCUGCACUACACUAAUGGAAGCUCAGUUUUCAGGGGCUUUAUCUACAGUAAAUGAGAAACUGUGACUUUUUUUCCCCUACAAUUUGGUUGACUCAGAACACAAAAAACUGCUGUGAUUUUUUUUUUGGAGUGCAUCCUAUGAAAAUGUGUGAAGCAAUGCAACCAGUAAUGCUGACUGAUGAUGUGGGCGCUGACAUCCUCAAACAUAUUUUGUUUUAUUCUGUAGUAUGCAAACCCCAGUUGAUCAAAACUGUUAUGUAACCACAUAAUUUCAUCUUCAUGUGAUUGUAUAUAACUAGCAUACACACCAAUGUAUAGAGUGAGAGAUAAUGUAAUAAACAAGAUCACCUUUCUAACAGCA